GCUGCUGUUCCUCCGCCGCCCGCCAGGGGGAGCGCAGCAGUAUCGAUGAUGUUUAGUUUUGUCAGAUCUCACUGCUGAAGGAGAAUCCAUAAAAGUGGCCAUCACUGCAUUGAACAUGCAUGGACAAAGGAACAAGUGCCUUCAUUUGGAUAGCGGGAGACCUUCCAGGAGUAAAAGGCAGGUCUGCACAUGAUAAAGCAGGAUCACUUUCCAGAGAGAAAAUGUCAAAGUAAACCCGUCUGUUUUCAUCACCGUGGCAACAUGUUUCCACAGAAACAGCUUCAUUAUCACAGGAAGAAACAGGCAGUUUGUCUGCAGGGGUUGCCAUGGUCGUGUCCCUUUCAGCGGUCUGGGAACUUGGACUUGAUGAAAAGCUGCAGUUACACCUGAGCCUGACAGAGCUGCAGAGGUCUGACUGCACUGUGACCGAGGCACAGGACGAGACGAUGGACGGCUUCAGCCCGGCUUCAGCCCGCUGUGGUCCUCGCUGCCAACAUCAACCUCAGCGCUUUAGACCGAGACCCAUGCAUCAGAGCACCCUGAGCCUGGGCGACACGCCGCCCUGCUACACCACCACCCACACCCAGAGUUAUUCCGGCAGGUCGGCCGAUGGACGUCCUCUCGUCUUCCGCCUCAGAGACCCCAGCUUCCCCUCCCAGCACCGCAGCCAGCUGGAUCUCCGUGACAACAACAUGCCGCCGCAGAGUGUGCUGCAGUCACACAGCAAAGAGGUGUACGCGCCCCAGCACGUGACUCCGAGAGUCGACCCAAAGUUGGAAAACUGGACUCGGUACAACAGCAGCCGCGCCAUCAGAGAGCUCAUCAGUCAGCAUCAGCAUCAUCCACCCGAGUGCCAGAGCACCUACAGGACGGAGCACCCGACCCCGGAGUUCGACGGCUUGUCACUGCAGGCCAGCGGCAGACAGACACAGCGGCACCGACACGACAUCCUGACAGGUGAACCGACGCAGGUGUUUGAGCCGGGGAAGUCCAGCAGACGGUCCAGAGAUCAGCAGCUGUGGGCGACCAGACGCUGGGAGACGGACUGUACUGCGUUCAGACUCUACUGAUAGGAAGUAACGCCACAGCAAACCUCCAUUAAAUGUGCAAACCCUGUCA